UAGGCUGAGUAGAUUGAGACUAGGCUGAGUAGAUUGGAAAGGGACAGCAUUGAUAAAUCGCCAGGGCUCCUGACCCCUCUGUUUUGGAAAUGUUUGUCUAUCUGACAAACAAUGGCUGGCUGAAAGCCAGGGGGGACUUGCCAAACCACGGCCAGCACACACAUCCUGCCUUUGUGGGCCAGGAAUGCCAGGAAUCCAGACAGCUGCCCUCCUUCUCCCACCCCUCCCUCCCCAAAAAGGUGCUCUCUCUCAAACAUCCCCAGUGUCCCAGUGGUUUCAGCCCAGUAGCCUGGGUGUCUGGGUGUUUGUGUAAGGCGCUGCUUGUGGCUCACCUCUCUCUCCCUCCAUUCCUCCUCUCUCUCCACAGUGCACCUCCGUCCCCACAUCAGUGGCAGGCAGGUUAGUAGCAACACCUGCUCUCUGUGGUUCCCCUCUGCUCCCACCCACUGAUCUUUAUUCACACUGAGAUUCCUGCUGCCUCAACUCUCAACACAUCCAUGUUGGUUUUUAUAUUUGGUUUUUCAUUUUGGUUCAUUCCUCGCAAUUCUUGAAUUUCUGAAGCGGUUUUGUAUUCAAAGAUACUUGUAUUAUAAUUAUUUUUUUUUACAUUAAUUUUAUUUAAAGAGCACAUAAAGACCAUGUAAAGUGCAUACACAACAUAUCUUUGCAGUCUUUACAAAGGAGCGUAGUGAGAUUCACAUGUUAAGGGUACAUUUUGGCUGUAUAAAGCAAACAUUUCAAGAGAAUAAGAAUACAAUAUGUAAAACCACUUAAGAAAAAUAACAUAAACAAUCAAACACAAAAGCCCAGAAGUUCCAGAAUAAGACCAGUACAAUAUGACAGGAACUUUGACCAGACAUCUUCAUACCUAUGCUGUCUAUGUUGAAAGAUUGAUGUAAUUCUCUCCAUGACAGCAAGUUCCACGCAGACCUAACCGCAUAUCUUUUGGGGGGCAUUUUGUUACACAUUUCCUUUCUGCUGCUAAAAGAUAAUCUCAAUUUAAGUGGAGAGGAGUGGAGUGUAUCCACAGGAACAAUACCUAGGAGGAGAUGACAUGGGUCUGGUUGAAUAAUAAUAUGUGUGAUGUCCUAUAUAAAAUGGAGAAUUUCAGACCAAAAAUACUGGAUUUUCGGACACGUCCAAAAUAUAUGUGAAUAAGAGACGUUUUUUUUCUGAACCAUUAUUAUUUAUAUUUUGUUUGAUAUUUUGGGGAGAAGAAGCUCUGUUGUGGUUUUGUCAAGGUGAACUGGGUUAAGUGAGGACAGGUCUCACAAAUUGAGCAAGGAUCCACAGAAACAGGUCCUAGUUAUUUUCUUUGCCUUCUCCUGUGGUGUGAGAGGCUUGCUAUAUUCACACUCACUCCUCUCUGUCUCGCUCUGCAGGUUUUCAGUGGCCUCAUCAAAUGUGCUAAAUUACGUUUCCUGUGUUUCAUAACAAUGAGAGCCAAGGCCUAAUGCAGGGCCUUCCUGCCCUCGAACAAAACACUUUUUAUGUCCCGCUGGGAUGACAAUGGGAAUGUUUCAUUUUUCCUACCAAACAUGGGAACCUAUGGAAGAGCCUUUGUUUCCUGGAAUGUGGCCAUUAGGAAAGAGAUGGAGGGAACACAGGAUAUGUGCCCUGCCCUGGGCAAUGCGUUUCAAUGGGGUGGCUGGGGCCAGAGGAGUUGUACGCAGGGAUUUUCUCUGCUAUCUGCAUCACCACUUCCCCUAUUAAAGUGGAUUCCAUGCCAGAGUGGGAUUCCCCACUCAUUUUUUCCGUUACACCUGCACUUGUUUUUUUCUGUUGACAGCAUCAGUCUUACUUGACCCCCAUUGUCAAAUAUCGCUCAUAUGCCAGAAUGUAGCUACCGUGUCACUCCACAGUAUGGGAAUCCCACAGCCCUGCAGCCCUGGGUUCAAAUAGUGUUUGUGUUUAUUCAAAUACAAAUACUUAAAGGACAUAUGUGAUACUUUUCAACCUCAUAUUCAUUAACUCCAGCACCGUACCAGUGUCUACAUAUGUGAAAAUGGCAUGUUUCUAUGUUCAGUGAUUACAAAGAUAAGAUGAAAGGUCCUAAUAAAGACUUCUCUGUGACAUCACAGUGUAGGGUUAAACGUUUUUUGUUUUUUUAAACGUUGAUUUUUCAAACCUGCAACAAGUUUCUAGCCAGAGGGAAGAUGUUUUCUUGCUCCCCACGUCACUGCGAAUCUCAUAGGGUUUUUAAAAAUUGUAACUUUUGAUGACGUCAUGGGAUAGAACUUUUAAAUGUUUGAUUUUUUCUACUAAAUGUAGAAAUGCAUCGUUUUCACACAUGUAGACACUGGUACUGUGAAAAUGGAGAUAAUGAAAAUGAGGUUAAAAAGUGGUGGAAUUGCCCUUUAAGCUGCAUUUGAUUGAGCUUUCAAGGCAAAAUGGGACUGAUGGCGAGAAUUUAAAUUGCAUACUCCUACUCCUCGCGUCCUCUCCCCGCCUCCUUCUCCAUACCCAUUAGAGGAGAAGGUUAGAGGGGAGGGAAAUCUGGCUUUCCAUCCAAUGGGUUUUAAGAAGGAGGCGAGAAGAGAGGACAUGAGGAAUAUGCAAUUGAGAUUCUCCCAUGGAAUAGUCCCAAAAGUGCAAACCACACCCAUCUGGCACUAAAGAAAGGCUCAAUCAAAUGCUCAACCUGUUUGAAAGAAAUCAAAUACUAUUUGAAGCCACUCCACACUUAGCUUUACUUAUUAUGAAUUUAUCAGCAAUGAUCUUUUCUUGUAGUUUCUCAAUAGCAUUAGGGACAUAUGAUAGUAAGCUGUCAGUGCACUGAAGUGCCUACAGAGUUGUGUUUGUAAUAUAACCAUGGUUUCUCAGUAUAGUAAUGUAGCAAUGGUGCAAUUUCUUCCUCUCCUACUCCACUCACUCAAUCCCCCCUUGAUUCACUUUCUCUUCCUCCUUGAGAGGAGAGCUGAUGUCACAGGGAGGUGGCGGUCUGCCCAUGUCUAUAAGUACAGGCACCACAGAGGGAAUCUCUAUAUGAAGUUGAGCUAACCCAGCUGAGCAGUGCUGACCCAUGCUGAGCAAAGACACUGCAGGAGAGCAAAGAAACACKAGACUGGUGUACCUUUUAGUGCACUCAAACAGAUGAAGGAAUAAGUGAACUGACAGAUAGACUUCUCUCCUCUGGACUCAGGUGCAGGCUCUGGACAGUAUAUCAUCACAGAYACUAGGUAUCUAUUCUAGAAUCUAACGACCUCCUGGACGGAAUCUUUAUCUCUAAUUUAAAUUGUGUAAUCUACACCUUCGGAAUGUUUUCUCUGGUUAGUUUGAGACGGACCGUCUCCACACUGUUCGUUCUCCUCUCCAGUGCUGCUGUCAUGGUGGAGAGUGACUGUCCUACCCAGUGCUCCUGUGGCCCCUCACAGCCAUCGUGCCCAGCGGGCAUUAGUUGGGUGACAGACGCCUGUGGCUGCUGUAAGGUGUGUGCCAGGCAGUUCAACCAGGACUGCAGCCCCAGCCAGCCCUGUGACCACAUCAAGGGCCUGCACUGCCACCUGGGGGCUGGGGGAGACCCAGAGAGAGGCCUGUGCCGAGCGGAGGCCCAGGGCCGGCCCUGUGAGUUCAACGGGCGUGUCUACCAGCAUGGAGAGGACUUCCAGCCCAGCUGCCAGCACCAGUGCAGCUGCAUGGACGGGGUGGUGGGCUGCAUGCCACUCUGUCCCCAGCAGGUGCCCUUGCCCGACUGGCGCUGCUCCCAGCCAAGGCUGGCACGGCCCCGGGGCCACUGCUGUGAGGAGUGGGUCUGUGAUGACAAAAACAACAUCAGUGAGGACCCAGAGGAACCUCCACAGGCAGCCCUACCUGACCCACAACCCCUCCCAAACCACAUCAACAACCAGCUCCAGGCCCUGGCCCAGCCACGCUAUCAGGCCAGCACUGGAGUCACCUUUAGAGAGUUGGUGUCCCUCCCCAGGUCCCAGGUGUUGCUAAGCGCCAGAUGCUUCCCUCAGACCACUGAUUGGACGGAAUGUUCCACCACGUGCGGGAUGGGCAUCUCAAGCCGGGUGACUAAUAACAACGCAGAGUGUCGGCUGGUCAGAGAGACACGACUCUGUCAGGUCCGCCAAUGUGACCUGCAGCUUACCCCAGCAAUCAAGAGGUUAAAGAAGUGCCAGCGUACAGUGCGCCCCCAGGAGCCAAUCAGGAUCAACUUUGCUGGCUGCUCCACAACACGCCGCCAUCGGCCUCACACCUGUGGCUCCUGUGCGGACGGGCGAUGCUGCACCCCUUCACUGACCCGCACCGUCCGCCUGCGCUUCCAAUGUCCCGACGGAGAGGGCUUCACACGCAACGUCAUGUGGAUCCAGAGCUGCAGCUGCAAGAAGAGCUGCCACAAUCACAGUUCCCCCUCAAGGCCCUCUGUCAGCCUGCACAACGACAUCCACAACUUCAGGCACUGAGGCAGGCUUAGGAGGAUGCCUAACCCUAGCCUCAACACAUUAGACAGGGCUAGUGCAUGCUAACCUCUCCCCAUCUUCCACCCACCCUCUGCCCAGGGAUAGCCCUGCCUUUCAGUCCCUUCCUGGACACCAGCCUCUCCCUCCUGCACCAGCGCCAGACUAUGGGAGAGAGAGCCUUGGCCGCUCCAUCCAACCAGGCAGAACUAUCGCUUGCACUUUAAGCUUCCUGACACGUUGCCACAAGUUAUCCGACAUGAGAGAUGUGGAGCAACUGCUCUCCACAGCCAGGUCCAGUGUCCCUUCCCUGUUGAUGACACAGUCACAGAACUGUUCUGGUGGAGGGAGGGACAGCACUGAGCACAACAGACUAUGGAUGGCCUGAUGUCACUUUCCUGAUGUCAUUUUGAACUUGUAAAUUAAUCAGUUUGGUUGUCUGCUUUUCCCCCUCAUUAUUUAUAAUGUUUAUUUGUUAACAUUGUCAAGUUCCUCUAUAAUCACAGAGGAGCAAGGGAAAAGGAAUGUAUAUGUGUGUAUGUGAAAGACAUAUACAUUUUUGUCAUAAUAGAAAUGUGUAAAUUAGUGAGGCCAGUGAAUGUGUAAGGAUGUGAUGAGUGACGAGCAUGGGCAAUCUCAUACAUUCAUGAAAUGUUUUGUCUGAUACAUCGAUGGUAGAAAGAGGACAGGAUAUCAUUCUACAAAUUCAUCAAUGAUUGUAAUUAACUGUAUAUUACAUUGUGUAAAGUUCAGUGUUUAUGUGUGUGAGAGAGAAUGAAAGGGCGAGAAACAGAGUGUUUACAUGUGUGUAUUUGUGUCAUAUGACAGAGUAUAGUGUACAGACUUCACUCUUAGUGGAGUGGCAAUUGAUGGAGAUCACCUCAUUUUCCGGGGUGUGUUUUUAUUGCCUCAUAGUAUAGAGACUUGUACUGGAGGGAAGAUUGUAUUUGAUAUAUUUAAGAUUUCUAUAUUGUUUGAAUUCUAGAUCAAUAAUACUCUGAAAAAUUGAAUAAAAACAUUCAACACGU